CCUGAAUUAAUAACUGCUCCCAAGAAAAACGUCCCGUCUCGUCCCCCAGUAGAUUAUCAGCUAAUCGACACGGCCGGAUCUUUAUCCCCAGAAAGGCAGCAAAAAGUUUACUUUCUCCCCAACCGCUACCAAAAAACCAAAGAGCAAAAAGAAGGCUUAAACCAAUUAAACGAGACGAGACGAGACGUGAAAGCCGGAGUAGUAUUGCCUACCUUGUCCCAGCGCCCCGCUUUGUAUGAAGAAAUGAAAUUAUUAGAUGAAAAAUUUGUCAAACCUGAUAAGAAAAAAAAGGCUCUAGAUAGUGAUUUUCCUAAAUUGGCUGCGGCUGCUUUUCCUACGGCAAAAAAGGAGCAUUUACAAUUAUUUA